AUGCGCGCGGAUCGCGUCAUGGCGGAGUCGGGCAAGCGGAUCGACCUGGCCGCGCCGCUGCGCUCCGCGCGCCUGCCGUACCACAAGGCCGACCUGGACUCCGGCCCCGUCCGCCACCCCGGCGCCGUGCCCUUCGUCUGGGAGCAGAGCCCCGGCCAGCCCAAGAGCGUCCGCACCCGUCGCCCGGUUCCGCACUCGCCCUCGCCCUCGCAGCCGCGCCCGGAGGAGAACGGCGCCACCCCUUACCACGGCGCCCUGGGCGAGCGCGAUCGCGCACUGCCAAACGUCAUCCCCGCCGCCGCCGCCGUGCCCCGAACUGGCGCCGCGGAGCGUGAGGUGGAGAGGGCGGAGGUCGAGCCGACGAGGAAGGAAGCCACGACGCCGGACGUGCUGUCCGUGGCUGAUGUGCUGCGGAAGGAGGAGGAGGACGUCGGCGAUGACGAGGAGAGGUUCUCGGACGCGCUGGACACGCUCUCCCGCACAGAGUCCUUCACCGUGAACUGCAGCGUCAGCGGUCUCAGCGGCGUGCCGGACCGCCCCGCGGGUGCGGGUGCGGCCGCCAGCGCCGAGCCCGGCGCCCGCGGCCUCAUGAUGGACCGCUUCCUACCGGCCGCACAGGCGGUGGCCGUGGGCUCCCCGCAGUACACCUUCCGCAAGGCCAGUGUAGCUGGCUCCACCGGCAACUCUGCCCGCGAGCAUGCGCAUGCCGCUGCGGCCAAUUGGAGAAUGGGCAGCGAUGAUGAUCGCGUCAGGAGAACACCUGUCCAGCUCCCUUACCAGAAUCUGCCUCCCAAUUAUUUGUCUUGCAACUAUCCCAGACGCGAUGAGCAUGAAGAAGAGGAGGAAGAAGAGGAUGAGGAUGACUUCGACGUACACAGUACCCGAGGUUUUGCAUCCAAGGGGUGUGGUUUGCUCCCUGGAUUGUGCGUAAAAACCUCCUUGUUACUACUGAAUCCAAUGCCUAUGAUGAAGGGUGGCAAGGGGCGUCGGGGAGGAAGAGGCAGGGGAUUGGUAUCCAAAGGCAGGGGCCAGAAGGCACCGAGCCCUCUUGCCCGGAGCUCACAACGUAAGAAUCUUGGCUGUGAUUCUAAUGGGCAAUACUGGGAGGAAGUUUAUAAGCACAAGUUGGAACAGAAGUACAUUAACCAAGGAGAGGAUAGGAGGAGCAAGCUGACAAGUGAGUCGAACCAUCUGACAUUCUGGAGUGACUCUCAAACUGGCGAUGGGUCUUCACCAUUCCGCCACUCCAUAGGUGGUGGCAUGUCUCCCUACCGCCGCGACGUUGCCUUGUCACCAUCACGUAAAGCAAAUGGGUCAUUUGAAGUAAGAGAUAAAGAUGAGAAAAUGAGUAGAAGCAAUGGCUCUAGCUCACUUGGAAUAGACCAUGAUCAUGGCUCGUUGCUUGGAUCAGAUCACAGUUCUUUGAAGGGAUCAAGCUCCAUGAGCUCAGGGGGCGAUAGAACAUUGCAUGAAGAUUCAAUGGAUCACCGUUCAGGUAUUGAUUCAGAAGCUAGUCAGUUGACCCUGCCAUUGGAUCCAAAGGCAUCUUUGAAUUCAGGGUGUGAUGUUCAACAUGGAGGACACCAGAUAGUCAGAAGUAACAGCAUAGUGGAAGUUCAAGACAAUGAUACGUUGACAAAAACAAUCGCCAAAGUGCCAGAAUCCAUUUCAUUAAUACCUUCCGGAAACGCAGGAUCAGUAAAACUGGAUGAUAGAAAAACUCAUGAUAGUAGUCAGGAUGUUCCAGUACAUUCGGAAGAUAAUAUCGCCGUCAAGAAGGAAAGUAUGCCUUUGCAAUUUCUAAUGCCGUUACCUGUCCCAAAGUCGCCUUCAGAUUCUUGGCUUUCUCGCAAUUUGCCAUCUGUGAAGAAUAAACCACCUGCACCAUCUUUUCUUGGAAUCCAAGUACAGUCCAAGAAACAAGCUCCCUGGGCCUCCGCACAUCCAAAGGAGAAUGAUCUUAAACCUCCCAGGACACGCCAAAUAAGAUUUGCAGAUGUAAUUCAUAACUUCACUCUGUUCUGCCUAUGUUUCUAUUCAUCUUACUUCUCAGAGCCAUUACUGACUGUUUUUAUUUGCCUGCUUAUUUAG